GAUAAUUCAUAAGGUUCAAUAGUUUUCGAAAUGUCUGUCAAGAAAAAAUGAAGUGAGUAAAUAACUAAUAGAUGAUUUAAAAAUAUGAUUUGUGAGGAGUAACGCCAAGAUAAUUUAAGAAUAGAAAAGGCGAAAUGUACAAAAAUAUUCAGGUACUGAAUUCUAGGACAAAUGGAGAUUGUUAAAGUGAAUUUUGGUUCUUUGAGUGCUAUUUACACAUUCAAUAAAUUACAAUAAAUGUUGCGUUUUUAUCAAAAACACAAAAGAGUUAUUAAAAUAUCAGCAGCCCUUCUGUUAUCUUCAGGGUUAGGAUGGUUGGUUUUUGAAGUGGAUAGGACACGUCGAAUAAUAAAUAAUGCCCUAGAUACAUCAGUAAUUGAUUUGCUUGAACUAAAAAGUAACCCAGAUAGUAAGCAAGACGAACCUUUAUUAAAAAAGCUUAUUGAAAGGUAUAAGGACGUCUAUCUUGCGGGUCCUAAAUCAAAGUUGACUUACAUGAAGUUUAUUUAUGCUCAACAACUUGUUACUUUGUCAAAAACUAAUAUUAAGCCAAUAAAGAAGAUAGCAAUUUACCAUCUUAGUAAACUUAAAAAUUUAGAACCAUGGCAGUUUCAAUUAUUGUCACAAAUGUGUGAUGCUAAAACUGCUGUUUCUUUAGCUCGCAUUAGUGAUACAGACCUUAGAAUUAUUCGAGAACCUCUCUUGCGAAAUCAAAAGUUACCACACCAGGAUAUUAUUGAAACUGUAAAAAAAUUACUGUACCAAUUAAAUUCCUCAUCAGAUCAUUUAUGUAUAGCAUAUUUUCUUGAGACUGCAUUUUCAAAUGAUCAUGAACAUCAUAAAUUCGCUGACCAUGAAUAUCCUAAUGUUGGACUUACACGAAUAAUAGAAUCCUCUGAAAACAUUUUGCCAUUAUGUAUCGAAUCACUUCUACAUCAUGCUUCUAUUGAAGAUCAAGCCAAAGAAAUUGCUGUAUACAAAGGCUUGCAAGUAUUGAUGGAAGUUUAUAAACAGUACCCAGAUAAUGUGGAUGUUAACAUAUCGAUUUGUAAAAUCUUAUCACAUGUUUCCUUCUUUCCUCAAUUUCUUGAUGAAAUGUUUACAAUUGGGUGGAUUCGUAUUUUGGGAGAAUGGUCCAGAAAUAUUGACUUGCGACUUUCUUUACCAGCCGUAAAAACUUUAGCAAAUUUAGAGACUGAUAAACACAUUGCUGGUCUUUAUUCGCGUAGUCUAUAUGUUUUGUAUCCCACUUGUGAUAGUGAGGAAGAGACUUAUGUUGACGUUAUAUUUAUUCAUGGAUUACUGGGCGGCGUGUUUUUUACUUGGCGGCAAAGAGGAAAUAAAGAAACUUUAGGUUUGAUGGGUAAGCAAAGGGAUAAAGGACAACCUAAGUCUCGUAAAAAUGUCAGACUUGAUAAAAUUUUGUCUGAUCCUGUAGAGAGUAUUUCGAAUGAUGGAGUAUACUUCAAAUGUCCGCCAAAAAAUGAGAAUAAACUUAUGAAUCCUCCUAAACAACAUAAACAGAAUCAUAGUAGGGAAUUAGAAGACGACUUUGAUUUUGUUCUUUACGAUUUACCCAUCAAAAGUAACGAGCACGGUAAAGGUCCUUUUGUCAUUUCCAGUGUAAACACUAGCCCAAAUGAUGAAUAUACUCAAUGUUGGCCAAAAGAUUGGCUGCCAGAAGACUGUAAACAUUUAAGAAUAAUCGGUAUUAAUUAUGAUACUAACUUGUCUAUGUGGGCACCUAUUUGUCCCAUGGAACGGACCAAAACAACAAUAGAUGAACGAAGUAAUGAAAUGAUGAUAAAAUUGUUGAGAGCUGGCGUGGGUGAAAGACCCGUAGUAUGGGUAACUCAUUCUAUGGGCGGUUUAAUCGCCAAAAAUAUAUUGUGCAAAGCAUGGAAUAGCAAUGACCCAAAAGUGAAAAGUAUUGCUGAAAAAACAAAAAGUAUUAUAUUUUAUAGCACUCCCCACACUGGCUCAAAAGUAGCAAGUGCCACAACUCCAACUUCGUAUGUUUUGUGGCCAUCGGUAGAAGUUCAAGAAUUGAGACAAGAGUAUACUGGACUUCGCGACAUUCAUCAAAAUUUCCUAAAAUUUCUUGAACAUAAUCCAAUCGACAUUAUUAGCUUUAUAGAAACAAAACCAAUUGUAGUAACGGCUAUGAAAUUCAACGUUUUGCUUGUUGAACCAGAAUCGGGAAAUCCAGGAGUAGGAGAGUAUUUUGAAGUACCUUUAGAUCAUUUGGAAAUUUGCAAACCAAAAAACAAAGAUUCCUUUUUAUAUCAAAAAACUUUAUCCACUAUUUUGAAAGCAGUUGAAGAGGAGAAAAAUUACAGUCGACUUGAAAAUCCUUAAUUAUAAUAGAUUUA